AAAGGACCGAAAAGCGCCUACUAAGCCGUGUUCUCGCUUAGCAGGCGCACACUCCUCAUAAACGACCUCUGUACAACGUUCUCGUAGAUUUCUACUAGUCUAUCCUGAAGUUAUUACCUAGACUUUGUACUCCCCGUGUAUCCGCCAAGGAAAUCUAUUAUACCGCCACAAAUCUGCCUCAAAUUAGCAUCUACUCACUCCAGACUUAGACUAUGCCUCCCAACAAUCUCCCCCACCUCGCCCGCUUUAUCGAGUUCAUCAACUCGGGCGACGCGACCAUUGGGCAAGAAGUCGUAUCCGAGUCGGCCCUUUUCCACGUGCCCUUUGGCCCUGAGCCGCUCAAAGGGCUAGACGGGUACAUGCAAAUCCUAGGUAUGAUGCGGUCUGCAUUCCCGGACAUUAGCUGGACGCUGCAAGAAACUAUUGCCGAAGGCGACAAAGUCGUCGCGCGGUUUGAAACGCGAGGGACGCACCAGGGCGCGUUUAUGGGCGUGCCGGCGUCAGGAAAACAGAUCUGCAUGACGGCACUUAAUAUUUACCGGUUUGAGGACGGCAAGAUUGUGGAGGAGAGGGGACAGCCGGAUAUUUUUGGAUUGAUGGUUCAGAUUGGUGCGGUGCCUAGUGCGCCGCCGGCUUGAAGUUGAGGUGGAAAUGUAGGUACAGUAACUCGUAUCUAAACAAUACAAGUCGCCACUAUAGUGUCUUGUAACACUCGAGACAGGAAUGUAUGUUGUGUGGAUGUAAAGAAAGGAGCCAUGUCGCGCAUACUUUGGCAUACUAUUUUGCAGCCGUUCAACAUACGGUUACUUGCAUCGCCGGAUAGUCGUAUAACCUUAAGCUAAGCGCCUGUUGGGGUGUAUAUCUAGAAUGUCAGCUUCCUGCAAAUGGGUUGAGAGCCCGGGUCUUCAGCCACAGUGCGCGGCAAGACCGCAC